UGAAAUUAAUUUCAAUUACGCCAGUGCGAUUGAUGGACAAGUACAUCAAUUUCAAACUAUAUUAUUCAGACAAUUUAAUGAUUCCAUUAAACACAACGGAAUCUUUACAUCGUACUAACUACUAAUAAUUAGUUAGGUUGAACCUUUAAAUAUUGUACAACCAAAGAUGAUGACAUAGCAUAAAACAAACACAAAAUGUAUACAUUGUGGGUGCACGUAUAUAAAUAAAUCUACAGACACUAACUAGUAGGAUAUGCUUCAUUCUAUCCUAUCCAUGGCUCUAAUAGUUCUCUACUUGCCAUAUUUUUUCUCCUUUUUCCUCUUAACCCUUAUAGUACAAAAGAUAAGAAAGAAGAAAAGUUACUCGAUUUAUAACAUGCCACCAGGGCCUAUAAAGUUACCUAUUAUAGGAAAUAUACACAAUCUGUUAAGCUCUCAACCCCAUAGGAAAUUAAGAGACUUGGCCAAAAAAUAUGGACCAGUGAUGCAUCUUCAACUUGGAGAGGUUUCUAAUAUGGUCAUUUCGUCACCCGAGUGUGCCAGCGAGGUGAUGAAAACUCAUGAUAUUCACUUUUCAUCAAGGCCUCAAAUACUAGUAACAGAAAUAAUCUCUUACAAUUCCACAAGUAUAGCUUUUGCUCCGUACGGUAAUUAUUGGAGACAGAUACGAAAAAUCUGCACGUUGGAGCUUUUAAGCCUGAAAAGGGUUAACUCAUACCAACCGAUUAGAGAAGAAGUGCUUUCCAAUCUUGUCAAAUGGAUUGCUUCACAGAAAGGAACUCCAAUCAAUAUCUCUGAAGCUGUACUUUCAACUAUGUACACAAUUGUUUCGAGGUCUGCGUUUGGCAAUGAAUGCAAAGACCAAGAAAAAUUUAUAUCAUUGGUAAGACAAACCAUAAAGGUUGCAGGGGGUUUUAACUUGGGAGAUUUGUUUCCCUCAGCUAAAUGGCUACAGCGUAUUACUGGUUUGAGGCCUAAGCUGGAGAGGAUUCAUCGACAAACUGAUCAGAUAUUAGAAAACAUCAUCAAUGAGCAUAAAGAGGAAAAGUACACAAAAGCCAAAGAUGAUCAAGGUAGAGUAGAAGAAGAUCUCGUAGACGUUCUCUUAAAUUACGAGGAUGGCAGAAACCAAGACCUUUCCUUGACAAAAAACAAUAUCAAGGCCAUAAUAAUGGACAUUUUUGGUGCUGGAGGUGAGACAUCAGCAAGCACCAUAGAUUGGGCAAUGGCAGAAAUGGUAAGGAAUCCAAGAAUAAUGAAGAAAGCACAAGCUGAGGUGAGAGAGGUUUUCAAAAUGAAAGGAAGGGUCGAAGAGAAUUGUAUCAACGAACUCAUUUAUUUGAAAUCAGUCGUCAAAGAAACCCUGAGGUUACACCCUCCAACACCUCUUUUGCUACCAAGAGAGUGUGUUCAAGCAUGUGUGAUAAAUGGUUAUCACAUACCUAUUAAGAGUAAGGUAACAAUAAAUGCUUGGGCAAUUGCAAGAGAUCCAAAUUACUGGACUGAACCAGAGAGAUUUUAUCCCGAGAGAUUCAUCGACAGCGCUAUUGACUACAAAGGGAGUAACUUUGAGUACAUUCCUUUUGGUGCCGGAAGAAGAAUAUGCCCAGGGAGCACAUUUGGUUUGAGAAAUAUUGACAUGGCCCUUGCGAUGUUGUUGUAUCAUUUUGACUGGAAGCUUCCAAGUGGAAUCAAAAGUGAAGAAUUGGACAUGACUGACGAAUUUGGAGCCACAAUGAGAAGAAAGGAUGAACUUUUAUUGUUUUCUUCUGUUUAUCAUCCUCUGCAUGUCAUAUGAGCUUCAUAAGACGAAAAAUUAAACCUUUGGCAGUUUACCUGUAAUAUUUUUAGCAGAGUACCGAACAGAUACCUUCCGUCGGUAGAAAUAAGUAGGCUAUGUUUGGCUAUAAGAGUUAAAAUAAAUGAAGAUUGUGUAACUUAUCCAUAUUUUCUAGAAGCCAAAUAAAUGAAG